AUGGAGGCCCUGCGCCACCGGACCAUCCGUGGCGCUCCUCUCCGCCUGGCUGCCGCUGGUUUGAUCGUCCUCGUUGCAUGGAUGUUGUUCAGCGGGUCGGGAACGCAGCCGGCCGCGGUGCCGCCCCAGACCGCGGACGCUGCGGACACCCGUCCGCUCGCGUGCGCUCCAGAGAGCCCUGCGCCCUGGCUCCACCUGGACGCCUACGCUCUUCUCUCCGCGAGUGGGGCCGAGAUCGAGGACGGACAUCCCUGGAACGGAGCCAACGUGCGCGUCCGCGGGAGCUCUGCGUCAGCGCGGGUCAAGAAGGGCCGGCGCGGGUACCCGUACCUCAGCCUCAGCGGGGCGCAGCGCAGCCCGGACGGCGAGGCGGCGGACGGCGCGUGGGUGCAGUUGCCGGCGGGCCGCAGCCUCACGAACGGCGGCGCGACCUUCGUCGGGCUCGUGCGGCUCAACUCCAACCUCGGGUGGGACCGGGUGUUCGAGCUGCGCACGGAGGGCGCGCAGGCGGCGUUCGAGAUCCACCGCGACGACGCGACCGACGGGAUGUUCUUCGUGUACUACCGCGCCGACGGCGACGUGGCCGCGCGGCCGACGUUCAGCAUGCCGGGCGCCGCAGCGGCCUCCGCGGGGUGGCAGGUCGUCGCGAUGGUCGUCACGCCUGAGGAGCUGCGCGGCUGGGCGAUGCCCGCGGGGGAGUGGACGGCCAUGACGGGCGCGAACGGCCUGCGCAUGGCCGACGGCGAGCACAUUGCAACCGCGCGGCUCGGGGCGUCGGCGAGCGUCAGCGCGGGCGACGGGCCGUCGGACCUCGACGUGCGCGAGGCGCUCUUCUUUGACGUCGCGCUCGACGAGGCCGAGGUCGUCGCGCUGCGGGACUGCCUGCUUAAAAAGUGGGAGGAGCGCUGA